AUGCCUGCCUCGCGAGGUGCAAAGCUCGCAGAGCUCAGGGCUCUGCGAGCCGCGGGCAAGAAACGCCUUUCCACCUACGAAAUCGAGGAGCAAGGGUCGCUAUACGACGAGGUCGACGAAGAAGGUUAUAAAAAGGUAGUCCGAGAGCGUCUCGACGAAGACGACUUUGUCGUCGACGACAAUGGAGCAGGAUACGCCGACGACGGCCGUGAAGUCUGGAAUGACGAACGUAUGCAGUAUAGCGACAGCGACGACGAAGAACUUCCUGCCAGAGGCAAAGCCGCGAAGAGAAAACGCGAAGAGGAGAGCAAGCGAAAGGAGCAGAUUAAUAACGGCAUCUCAAAGUAUUUCAAUGCCAGCACUGCCCCUGCUGCUCCAAAGUCGAGGCCCGUUGCAACUGCCGAUGAUGAGGCUUUCAUGGCGGAUCUACUAGGAAAUGUUGAUACCAACGUCCUGCCAUCUCGAGUUCCGACAAAAAACAUCCUCAAGUCUGACACGCGUCGCAAAGUCCGCAUUCUGUCCCCUCCGCUGUCCGAGAAAUCCCAAACCCCUAAACCCCGCAUGCGGAAAAAGGGCGACGAUACCCCAAUUCCAGUCAAAGAAGAGGAACCGGACCCUGACUUUGACGACGAUGGUCCCCUGCCGUCAAUGGACGAUGAAGAAAAUGUUCCAAUGAGUGACGCCCUGCCGUCGUCGCCCGUCUCCAAGGCCGUGGAAAGAAAGAUCACCAAAAUCGAGGAAGAGGAUGAAGAUGACAUGGACGUUGCUCAAGCCACUGGCUACUCCGAUGCUAAAAUUUCUAGCGUCAAUAUGACUGGAAGCCGCCCUCCGCCGAAGAUCAAGAAGGAGAUCAAGAAGGAAACGUACCCGUCGCCAUCGAGUUCAUCUCCUCCACGAGCCCCCGCCGAAGUGGAGGCUUCAUGGGACAAUGUGACCAGCAAGCUUAACAUCUUGAGUAGUCCGGCUACGGAAAGCCUUUCCUUUGGCAAAGUACGGGCUCAGGAUGUUGUUGAAGAUGACGGCAGUGUGCAAAUGUUUUGGCUCGACUAUGCCGAAGUCAACGGAAGCCUGUGCUUGUUCGGCAAAGUGAAAAACAAGAAGACUGGCUCCUAUGUCAGUUCAUUUGUCAAGGUCGACAACAUUCUACGCAAACUCUUCUUCCUGCCUCGUGACAACCGCGUUAAGAGUGGGCAAGUUACCGAUGAAGAGGUUGAUAUGGAAGAUGUGUAUCAAGAGGUGGAUGACAUGAUGACCAGACUCAAAGUGGGCAUGCACAAGAUCAAGCCGUGUACUCGCAAGUAUGCCUUCGAGUUGAAAGGCGUUCCCAAAGAAGCCGAUUAUCUAAAGCUCCUCUAUCCAUACGACAAAGCCGCCUUGCCCAUGGACACCAAGGGCGAGACUUUCUCCCACGUCUUUGGUACAAACACAGCGCUUUUUGAACAGUUUGUUCUCUGGAAGCGUAUCAUGGGACCCUGCUGGUUGAAGAUUGCCGAAGCUGAUUACACGGCUGUUAACAACGCUUCCUGGUGCAAGUUCGAGUGCCAAGUUGCAAAGCCCGCCCUGAUCACCACGCUUCCAGAUUCGGAGCUUGAGACGCCUUCUCUAACUCUGAUGAGUUUGUCGUUUAGAACUCAGCUCAAUGUCAAGGAGAACAAACAGGAGAUUUUGGUUGCGAGUGCUCGUAUAUAUGAAAACGUUUCUCUUACUGAGACUACACCCCCAGAAAAGCUUCCCUGCAAGACAUUCACAGUGAUGCGCCCUUCUGGUGCUGCCUACCCUAUUGGCAUUGAGGCCGAGGUCAGAAAACAGCGUGGCACAUAUAUGUUAGAGAAGACGGAGCAGAUACUUCUCAGUAAAUUCCUGGCUCUCUUUGAGAGAAUGGACCCUGAUAUCCUCAUGGGGCAUCAGCUUCAGGAGGUGGAGCUGAGCGUGCUCCUAAACCGCAUGAGGGAAAAGAAGACGCCUGGCUGGUCUCGAGUCGGUCGAUUGAAGCGCACCGAAUGGCCAAAGAACUUCAACAAAGGGGGCGGAUUCUUUGCCGAGAGGCAUCUUAUCUCCGGUCGGUUGAUGUGUGACCUUGCUAAUGAUAUGGGCAAGUCUCUUAUGUUGAAAUGUCAGUCGUGGACCUUGACAGAAAUGUGCCAGCUCUAUUUGGGUGAGGACAACAUUCGUAGCGAAAUCGAUAAUGAAGCCGCAUUGAAAACCUGGGCUACUACGAAAGAAGGGUUGAUGAAAUACGUCACUCAUUGUGAAGCUGAUACUUAUUUCAUCGCUGCAUUGUCCUUGCGUCUUCAAAUGCUGUCACUUACCAAAGUGCUCACCAACCUGGCUGGAAACUCAUGGGCGAGAACGCUCAGCGGAACCCGAGCUGAGCGAAACGAGUACAUUCUUCUGCAUGAGUUCCACCGCAACAAAUAUAUCUGUCCAGACAAGUACUCGAUGAAACUACAAAAAGCCGAGGAAAGAAUGGAAGAUGAGGAAGAGUCUACCGAUAAGAAGAAGAAGGAAAAAUACAAGGGUGGUCUCGUCUUUGAGCCCGAAAAGGGACUCUAUGAUAGAUUCGUUCUUGUGAUGGACUUCAACAGUUUGUACCCUAGUAUCAUCCAAGAGUUCAACAUCUGCUUCACGACUGUGGAUCGGAAUACGACGGCUGAAAAUGAAAAUGAAGAAAAGGUGCCGGAAGUGCCUUCUUCAGAACAAGGCCAAGGCAUUCUACCAAAACUGAUUGCAACUCUCGUUGGUCGCCGGCGAGAGGUGAAGAAGCUCAUGAAAGACAAGCGAGCAACACCCGAACAACUUGCCUUGUGGGAUACCAAGCAGUUGGCCUUGAAGCUUACAGCCAACUCUAUGUAUGGUUGUUUAGGAUACACCCAAUCUCGCUUUUAUGCACGACCUCUCGCUAUGCUCACCACAUUCAAAGGUCGAGAAAUUCUUCGUGACACCAAGGAAUUGGCAGAAUCCAAACAGCUGCGCGUCAUAUACGGUGACACCGAUUCCGUUAUGAUCAACACCAAUAUGGAUACGAUCAGCGAUGCCUUGAAGGUUGGUGAAGAGUUCAAGGUGUCUGUCAAUGAGCGCUAUAAGCUCUUGGAGAUUGACAUUGAUAAUGUCUUCCGCCGGCUGUUGCUCCAUGCCAAAAAGAAAUAUGCUGCUAUCAACAUGACUGAAGUAGAUGGCAAGUAUAUCGACAAACUCGAAGUCAAAGGUCUCGACAUGAAGCGACGUGAAUACUGUGCCUUGUCGAAAGAAGUUUCAAAGAGGCUACUUGACGAAAUCCUUUCCGGCGAGGAUUCGGAGGUUGUUCUCAACAAGGUCCACGAGUAUCUUCAGGAUGUGAGGUCUCAGAUGGAAGAGUACAAGGUCCCGGUACAAAAAUACGUCAUCUACACAAAACUUUCCAAACGGCCAGACGAGUACCCCAACAAGGAGACGAUGCCUCCUGCUCAAGUUGCUCUCAGAGAGAUUGCUCGAGGCAAGACAAUUCGACCAAACGAUGUCAUCUCGUAUGUCGUUACCAACGGUGACUCGGAAACUGGCAGUCUACCCCCGCCGAAGCGAUCUUACACCCUUCAAGAUGUAAUCAAGCCGGGGUCCGAGCUUAAGCCUGACGUUGAAUAUUAUCUUCUCAAGCAAAUAUUCCCACCCAUCGAGCGUCUUUGUGCUCCCAUUCCCGGAACAGAUGCUGUUCGUAUUGCAGAAUGUCUUGGUCUCGAUGUUCGGAAAUACCAGAUCAACACGAGUCGUUCGAAUAGUCAACAAAACGCCGAGAUUUAUCCACUAGAGUCGCAAAUUCCCGAUUCGGUACGUUUCCAGGAUUCGGCUCGUCUGAACCUUCGGUGUCGGCACUGUGGCCAGUCUUCUACAUUUGAGGGUCUGGCAUCGUCCUCUAAAAUGUGUACACCGCAUGGCGUUAUAUGCUCGAACGAAGCAUGCGGAAAGCCAUUCUCAAUUAUCUCGAUUGUGGCACAGGUGGAAAGCCAAAUCCGCGCUCAAACAGCCAAAUACUACGAAGGCUGGCUUGUCUGCGACGACUCCUCCUGUGGCAACCGUACUAGACAAAUGAGUGUCUACGGUCAUCGUUGUCUUGGCCCUCGUGGCCGCGCAGAGGGCUGUCUAGGCCGCAUGUCUUACGAAUACACUGAGAAGAAAAUGUACAAUCAAUUGCUUUAUUUUGCGGGACUGUGGGACGUGGAUAAGGCCAAGUCUGCAGCCGAUAAAGAACCUGCUACUGCCAAAGAUGACAUACGGACUCUUGCAGAGUAUAACCGAAUGAGGUUCGGCACGGUCAAGGGUAUUGUGGAUGGACGGCUGGAGGAAAUCAUGCCCCCGAAAGUGCUCGUUAUUGCGGGCUCUGACAGCUCGGGAGGAGCCGGCCUUGAAGCAGACCAGCGAGUCCUGACAGCCCACGGCGUGUACUCGCUUACAGCGACGACAGGCUUGACGGCGCAAAACACGCUGGGUGUGCAGGACAUUCAUAUUGUUCCGUCGGGGUUUGUGAGGAAGCAGAUUAAUGCUGCGCUAGAUGAUGUUGGGGCAGAUGUUGUCAAGCUUGGAAUGCUUUCAUCGGCGGAGACGGUGGAUGUCAUUGCAGAGGAGCUGACAAGGCAUGCUGUCAAGACGAUUGUGCUUGAUCCAGUGAUGGUGUCGACGUCUGGCUCUCGUCUUCUUCCAUCGAAUGCAAUCGAGAAUGUCCGCACAAAACUUCUCCCCCUCACCACUGUCCUCACGCCCAACAUCCCGGAAGCCCAGCUACUACUUGAGAGCGCCGGUGUUUCAUUUACCAAACCCGAGAAUAUAGACGACAUGAUCGCCCUCGCCAAGAAAGUGCAAGGGCUCGGAUCAAAAGCCGUGUUGCUCAAGGGCGGCCAUCUACCGCUGACAUCUGACCGGAAAAUAGCCAAAUCGCCUGCAGAUUCUAAGAUUGUCGUUGACAUUUUGUUUACUGCUGAUAAUGAUGAGGAACAAGUUACCCUGACCGAAACCGAGUUUCUUGUCUCUAGAAACACUCACGGCACAGGCUGUUCUCUUGCUUCGGCCAUCGCGGCUAAUCUGGCCCUGGGCAAUAACUUGAAGAAAUCAAUCCGUGCCGCAGUGAAAUACGUCGAGGCUGGCAUCAAGACGAGUGUUGAUAUGGGUCAGGGAAGCGGUCCUAUCAAUCACUUUCAUUCGUUUUAUAUGCUUCCGUUUGCCCCUGGGCAAUUCAUAGACUAUGUCCUCAGCAGAGAGGAUAUCGAGCCUAUAUGGCAUAGAUUCACGCAUCAUGCGUUCGUAGAGGGGAUGGGGCAAGCAGCGCUUCCCGUGGACAAAUUCAGGGACUAUCUUGUGCAGGAUUAUCUCUAUCUUGUCCAUUUUGCCAGAAGCAACGCCCUAGCAUCCUACAAAGCUCGAUCAAUGGAAUCCAUUGCCGCGUCCGCAAAAAUAGUCCUCCAUAUCAAAACCGAAAUGGCCCUGCACAUCGACUAUUGCGCAACUUUCGGCCUGACUCGCGACGAAAUGGAAUCGACGCCGGAGAACCAAGCAUGUGUAGCGUACAGCCGCUACAUCCUCGACAUUGGCCAAUCUGAAGACUGGUUCGCUCUACAAGUCGCGCUGGCGCCAUGUCUAAUCGGAUACGGCGCCAUUGCGCGGCGUCUAUAUGACGAUACAACGAACACGGUGCGGGGAGAAAAGGAUAAUCGGUAUUGGAAAUGGAUUGAGAACUAUACGGCGGAGGACUAUACCGAUGCCGUCAAAACGGGAUCUGCAUUGCUGGAGGAUCAUAUGCAACAGGUCUCGCCGCACAGAAUGGAGCAGCUGAUUAAGAUUUUCAAGAGAGCUACGGAAUUGGAGAUUGGGUUUUGGGAUAUGGGGAUGGGUUUGUAG